AUGCCACUACCUCGAAGUGAAAUAACGCUAAGAUUGAAUCGAUGUAAUCAACUACAUUCAUUAUCACCAUCUACACAACUGCAAAAUAUAAUUCUAUCUCGGGAUUUGAAUUCCCCUCAUAUAUCACAACAUGAACAAUUAAGAAUCCCAUCGAAUAAUGUUUAUAAAUCAUUUAAUCAUCUUAGGUUCUGUUCAUCACAAGUAAAAUUUUCAAAAAUUCCAUAUUUGAAAAAUGAAUUUAAUGAAGAUGAUAAAAAAGAACUUGAACGUAAAAUAAAUUUAAAUCGAUUAAUUGAUAAAUUAAAAGAAAAUAUUCCUGAUAUACUUGAAACUUCAUUACCUAAAUCAUUAAUUUCAAAAGAUAUUUAUCUUAGAAUUUGUCCUUCUCAAGUUGAUGAAAAUUAUGUACCUAAAUUAAAUGGUCAAGUUACUUAUUAUACUACAUGUAAAGCAAUUCAAUUAUUUUUAACUUCAGUAAUGUUGAGUCCAAAAGUUAAAUUACAUAUUCAUUCAAUUCGUGUUGCAAAUGGUCCUGAUCCUCAAUGUAUGUUUAAUGAUACUACAAAAUUAUUUGUUCGUUGGUCUACUUGUCAUCAUGGUUGUACUCAUUUAGAAGAACAUGGAACUUCUGAAGCUCAUUUAGGAACUCAUAAAUGGUCUCAAGAAGAUACGAAAAAAAUCUUUGAUAAUCAUAAAAGUAUUUCAAGUAUUUUAUCAAAAUUACCAGGAACAAUAAUGGGGUUAACUAAAGAACCCAAAAAAUUAGAAAGAGUUCUUUCAGGAUUGUUUAUAUUUGAAUUGGAUGAGGAUAAUACAAAAGUUUUGGUACACACAAUUGAAAAUAUGGAGAUAAUUGAACGAUUUGAACCAAAAGAAGCUGAUGAUGUUAAUGCUUUACGAGUUUGCUAA